CGGCCGUCGUCUUCCUCCCGCCUCCCGUCAGUCGCGUCGGGGCUGCGGCCGGGGCCGGUGGGGGCCGAGGGACGACGGACGGAUUUCAGUGCGCGCGUGCCCGCCGAUGGGGGUGAGCAGGCUGGACGUCCUCUACCGCCGACUCCUCCUCACCAAGCUCUUCAUCCGAGGGUGGGGACGACCGGAGGAUCUCAAGAGGUUAUUUGAAUUCAGAAAGAUUAUUGGUAAUCGAGAGAAGUGCCAGAACUUGAUUUCAAGAGAUUACCCGGUCUUCAUUGACAAGGUUGGCGAGCACACGGACUGUAAGAUCCUGGAUGGGCACUUCGUAUCGCCCAUGGCCCACUACGUGCCCGGCAUCAUGCCCACGGAGUCCGUCAUAGCCAGGUUCCAACUGAUCGUGCCCAAGGAAUGGAAAAGCAAACACCGACCGGUCUGCAUCCACCUGGCCGGCACCGGAGACCACUAUUACUGGAGGCGACGUACGCUAAUGGCUCGACCUAUGAUCAAAGAAGCGGGCAUGGCUUCCCUAUUGUUAGAGAACCCUUAUUAUGGUUGCAGAAAGCCAAAGGACCAAAUACGGUCGAGCUUGAAGAACGUCUCAGACCUGUUCGUCAUGGGCGGGGCCCUGGUCCUGGAAUCGGCCGCGCUGUUGCACUGGCUGGAGAGGGAAGGCUUCGGACCCCUGGGCCUCACGGGCAUCUCCAUGGGAGGACACAUGGCCUCUUUAGCCGUAACUAACUGGCCCAAGCCACUCCCCCUGGUCCCCUGUCUGUCCUGGUCGACCGCCUCAGGAGUCUUCACUACGGGGGUGCUGAGCAAAUCGAUUAACUGGCGGGAACUGGACAAGCAGUAUUACACCCAGACCGUCUACGAGGAAGAAAUCGUUCAGAUGCUCGAGUAUUGCGGAACGGACUCGUUCAAAAUGGGCCUGGAGGCGGUGACGGAGUUCCCCCCGGAGGCGGCGCCCCGGCCCGCCGCCUCGCCGCCGGCCCGCCGCGUCGGCCGGCCGGCCUCCAGCGCCGCCGCGGAGGGCCCGCCCGGGGCCGGGACCGGCGCCCUCCAGACCGAGUCCCUCCUCUUCAUGAAAGGGGUCAUGGACGAGUGCACCCACGUAGCCAACUUCUCAGUUCCGGUGGACCCGAGCCUGAUCAUCGUGGUGCAGGCCAAAGAAGACGCGUACAUCCCCCGGGCGGGCGUGCGCAGCCUGCAGGAGAUCUGGCCCGGGUGCGAGAUCCGCUACCUGGAGGGCGGCCACAUCAGCGCCUACCUCUUCAAGCAGGGACUGUUCCGACAAGCCAUCUACGACGCCUUUGAGCGUUUCCUCCACAAAUACUCCGCGUAGCCGAAGGUUAGUCCGGGAUGUGCCGUCCUCCCCCUCCCCCCGGGCGUCGGCCGGGAAGAAGAGGUCCGCGUCCGGAAGACCGGAACGCAAGCGGCCUCCCCCAUCGCCGUGCUCCCCGGCUUCCGGUCCCGGGCUGACCGGAGCCUCUUCGGCCGCGGAGGUUUGGCGGGGACCUUGGGGGUUGGGGGGCAGUGCCCGGGCGGCGCCCCGUAGAGCACGUCCCGGCGAGCCCGAGCUCGUCGUCCAAGUCCUUUGGGAUGCCGCUCCGCCGCCAAGUUCCUCGACGAAAUGAGCCGCCGUCCAGUCGUUCUCCGUGGCUCCUCUGUCUCGGUCUGGAACGACGCUCUUUUCCCAUUUCUGACUUCCGGGCCGUCUCUCGGAAGGCUUCCCGACCCGUCGGGUGGGCCGCGGUCACCGUUUUGGGAAGAGAAGAAUCAUCCCUCUAAUCCCCGUUCGGAAACGUCGUUUUUAAGCGGACAUUUCACACCAGCGAAAUGAAAACCUGCCAAAUCCGUCGACCGGAGUCGGGCCGGAGAUCCGGGUCAACGGACGGAAACCCGUGAGGAGGAGGGCAGAGGCGACACGACCGGUUCGAGUCGAUCGGAUUCCCGGAUUGCGGUCUGUCGAGUGGCCGGGAAGGAGGAGACGACGCGCUCUCCGGUUUGGCCAGAAAGGGUUCUACUUGAUCGGGCUUCUCGGUAGCAAAAAUUCAGGAAACACACCAAUACUUUGCAUUCGCCGAAGGGCGGUGAUGUAUUUCUUAAGCUUGGGGAUCGUCUUUUGGGGGCGUAUUCAAUUGGAGCGAACAGAGGCGUAGACGGAAGGUGGAUCGUUUCGUCGAAGGAGGGCUUUCAGGUGAUCUCCUAGCCUUGGUUUUCCGACCGGAAGCCUCUUACUCAUUGGAGAAAAAUAGAUUUCAAAAUAGAAAAGAUUCAGUAGCAUCCUGUAUCUCCUAAACGUGACACACACUUGAAAUUGUAGUUGUAGAAUCCUCUCGGGAGAUUUCUGUUUGUCUGUUCAACUUGCCUGUGUCUGCAGGGAUGUGCGAAGGAAUCUGAGGUGAGUUUUUAACUGUGGCUUUUAAAUGGUAUUUUGCCCGGGGCCGUCCUGACAGAUCUGGGGGGCGGAGGGUUGAAAAGUGACUUGCGUUCUCCAAAUUUCGAGGGCGCCUUUUUAGUACGGUACACUUGAAUGAGAAAUGCUCGAUGGACACGGUCCCUGUCACUUGAACGUCAGGGCAUUUUCACGGCAUUGGAAGCAUCUAAACGUCGUUCCCAAAGUGCUGGCGAAGAAGCGGAUUGCCUUCGGCAGUCCAAAAAUCUUCCCGUUCUGUGGGGAGGCUGUUUUUUUUUUUCAAAAAUGGAAUCUCUUGGCAUUUUUCAAACCGGAUCCUGGUCUUGGCUAGCAAAGUAAGGGACGGCCGAGUUCUGGCAGCCUGCAUUAAAUGAGAUAAUUGUCGAUUCUGAACACCCUGCCUUAUCGGUGCAGCCCAAUUGUGGGGAGCUGGAUGUAUCUCUAUUUUCAGGUCCAAGUUGCACUUUGAAGCAGUGCCCUCCUGAGACUUGAAAGGUGCUGUGGGUAGAACGAUGCCGUUUCUCGAACCCGACUCCCCCGUCUUUGGUACGCUCUGGGAAGGACGUCUCGGGUCUUCCCCUCGACUCCUCAACUUCCUCCCCGCGGGCAUUUCCGAGCCGCCCCCCGGAGCAACCUCCCCCGCCCCGGGUUUGCACAAAGUCACUACAAACGCGUCUUUUGAACGGGGGGCAAGAAAUAGCCCCCUCCGAGACGAGGUGUCGCUGAAAAGGUCCGGUUUGAAAACGGAGAGGGAUUUUAAACCGGGUUGAGCCGUCGCCGCGAAACCCGAAUUUCGGUCGGUGCUCCGAUCGUCCGUCCGAGACCCCGGAAUCGGUUGCUCUUCCGUCCGAAAGGGUGGACCGGGGUGGCGGGGCUCCGACUCCUUGAACGGGAAAGAAGGCAGCCCCUCCGACGUUCCCCUCCUUCCCUCCCUCCCGGGGACUCGCCGGCCCCAGUGAGCGGGGUGUCCCGCCCGCUCCGGUUUGGACGGAGCGACGGACGGGCCCGCACCCGUCUCGCGGCUGGAAAUGAAUUCAGAACUCGGGGCGGGAAGACGGUUCUGACUCUCGAGUCGGUGAGGAACCGCUGGUCCGUGUCCACCGGUCUGUUUUUAACAGAUAGCUUCCUCCCGUUGCUGUGGGUUUUUUUUUUUUAAAAAAAAAAAAAGCAACAACAAAAAAGAACAAAACGUGGUGCUCUUCUGCAGCGUCGGUUGAGUCGGCGAUCGACCUUGUUUUGUAUUUUGCAAUAAAAGCCGUCCAAAAGAG